AUGGAAGCUAAUGGGCAAGAACUGGUGUCAGAGGAGCUUCAAAAAGUACUGCUUUCAACGAAUUUGUCGCUCUUAAAGUCUACCCUGGACGAAAAGGACGAGAACCAUGAACGCUCGAUUGGCAAGGAAUAUGAAGAAGAACUAGAACUGGACGACCAUACGCUUAACAGAUGGACCCCUUUGCUCCGAUCAGCCAUCGAACAUGAGUCCCUUUCGGUGGUGAUGGAGGAAUUGUACACCUCCAUAGAGACGAACUUUGAAAACCUGGAAUCGCAAAUACUGCACGAUUCACAACUGAGCGACAAUCUGACCGUCUCGGUAGACCACAUCACCUCUAUCAAGGAACUCAUUGACCAGUCUCUUCUUCGAGAGGUUGAAGAUUUGCAGCUCCAGCUUGCUCAUACAACCAACGAUGUCAUCACUCGCAAGCAAAACUACAUCAACAACAAGAAAACAUCCACUAAGAUUGCAGAAUGCAUUAUUUUAAUUAACAAAAUAUUACAAAUCCUGGAACUCUCCAACAAAUGCCAAGACCUGAUCAAAGAUGGUAGUUACUUUAAAGCACUUCAGAGUUUGGGAGGCUUGGAGAAGAUAUAUGUACAGGACUUUAAAAACUACAACUUUGACUUCCUCAAAACCAUCUAUGCUUCAAUAUCAGAUCUCAAGGCUAAGAUAAAAGACGAGAGCAUAAACAUGGUAAAAAAUUCAUUCAAUUCUAACUUAGAAAGAAGGUUAUUGCCCGUGGGUUCCAAGUACUAUGAUUUUUACAAGGACAACCUAUUCCAGAAGUGGCAAACCUCCAAACAUGAAAUGAAGCUGGCCUCUUUCAAGUUCAACUCACCAGUCGAAAUUUCCCUCAGAGAUUCGGGAAAACUAGAUACAUUAAAUGUCUCAGAGAUUUAUCCACUGAACGAAUUUUAUGAUUGCAUUCUAAUUUUCCAGAAUUUGAAAGCAAUGGACUACUUAUGCACUGAAUUUCGAAAGGAGUAUGAUUUUCGGAUGUCUAAAGUCGUUUAUCCUCUGAAGCUCAAAGGCCAUAACUCUUCAAAGAAAGCUGAUCAGAUACUCCAGGUUGCAGCCGCCUUUGGCGAAAAUCUCACACUGGUGGAACUCAAGGCAUACUUGCUCCGAAUUCUAGGGUUUGUCAUAUACGACAACCACCUUAAUAGAUCAACUGAGAUUCUCCGCUCGUUCGGCGGUAUGGGAAUAAACGAAGACUUUUGGGAACUUUUUGUGACCAGAUUCACACCAUUCCUUGAGUACUAUGUCACCAAAAGCGUUAGUUCUGAAGAUGGACUCAUUGAAUUGAAAGACUUUUUGGGUAUUUAUAUCGCGAUUUUGGAGAAUUUGAACGUGAACGUGGAUCAAAUAAACAAGAUACAUGUUCUUCUAUUCAAAAAAUACGCAGCCCUCCUCUUACAAGUAUUUGAUGUUGAGUUCUCGACACUAUUGGAUGAUGACGAUUUUAUGCCCUUGACUAUCAAUGACAAGACUCUAUACGAAAAAGUUCUCAAAAUAUGUUGGUUGAGAGGAGGUGAGCCAGACCACGUCCUGGAUGAAGAAAGCAACCAUGGCCCUUUCUUCGCCACUCUGCCGUUUUCGCCCCUAUAUCCAAUGUCGUGCACACUCAUUAAAAAGACCUAUAACAAACUUAUAACAUUUUUGAGCGAGUUCUACAGAUACGACCUUGGUGAACUCAACCAAAUUAUUAUUCAGACUAUUGACGACAUUUUCAGUAAGGUCAUCAACCACAAAAUAGGCUCAAAACUCGACACAACGUCGAGAGAAGAAAUUACACAAAUUCUCAUUAAUCUCGAUUACUUCAUUGUUGCAGCGAAGGAGUUCGGUGCCAUAUUGAGUAGGGAAAACAUUACUCAAAAUCCUGACCUUGAGCUAACAUUGCCAUCACUCAAGCUUCUAACGCAAUCUAGAAAUCUAUCGGAAACCAAGCUUAUUGAAUUGAUCGAUACAAAGAUCUCUGAUCUCAUGGAGUUUGUCGAGUUCGAAUGGUCUUCAGAGGAAGUAGAACAAGAACCAAGUUUUUCAAUUCGGGAUAUAGCACAAUUCCUGGAAAUGAUGUUCACAUCAACUUUGGUUAAUCUCCCCGACAGCGUCAAAACCCUAUUGAUCUUCCGCGAAUUCGACGCUUUGACCGGGAGAUUUUUAGACGUGCUUCUUUAUAGCAGCCCGCCUAUGCUGAGCCCCCAGAGUGUCCUGAACUUCGAGCUAAACAUGAAUUUUUUGGAGAGCGUCAUAUCAAAGUUGUUCCCACACGAAGAAAGUUUUCCAAGCGUACCAAGCAGUCCUGACUUGGAUGGGGCCCAUACAUCGGAUAAUGCACGAUCUUCCAAUUUGGUAGACAACACCAUACGGUCCUUACACUCUACUUUUACCGAUCUAAGGCAGCACAUUUCGUUUUUGAAAUCGCCCGAUAUCGACGAGUACAAAGAUCCAAGCAUACGGAUGAGAAAGUAUCCUCGUAUCAAGCCAGAAACCGCACAAUUGCUCCACAAGAAAAUGGUACCGCCUGUGUCGGCUGGAGCUGACAGUGUAAACUCAUCAUCGAUGGAUCAAAGUUUCGCAGACUCAAUUAGCUCUCAUAAACGAAUUGCGAAGUUUUUCAACCGAGCCUAA